CCCACCACGGUCAUUGUGCACGCAGAUUGUUUAGUGCGGACUUUAGGACCAUGGAGAGUUCUCCCACAGUACCAAGCGCACACAACGCGUCUUGAAGAGGAAACCCCCACAGGAGCGCUUGCUGCCGGAUACCUGAGACAUCUCAAAUCAUCUCUCCUCGCGCCGCAUCUGACCGACGAGCGCGCAACGGAAUGCGCAGGAGCGUCCGCUGGAUGAGGGCGCGCGAUUAAGCCAUGGGUCCCCUUUAUCAUCUCUGACUUUUUGUUUUUUAUCAUCGUGAUGUCAAAGUCAUAGAGACCCUUGGAAACCUUUAGAAUUCUCCGUGAAGCAUCGUCUGUAUUGGAAUAAACUCAGCUGGUGAUUUUCUCUGUUCCGAUGGAUCAUUUGCUCAGAUUCCCCAUUCAUCGUGAUGCGCGCUCAUUCCUUCUUCAAGUAUCUUAUUGACUGACCGCCGAUCAAUUUUUGGACGUGGGCUGACGGUCGCAAAAGAAGAUGACAGCCCUCAACCCAGUGCUGUUUCUGCUCUGCGGCGUCUCUGUGUCUAUGACCCUGAAGGUUGUGUCAAAGAGAGGCUCAGUGGACGGCUGCACUGAUUGGUCCGUGGACUAUCUCAAAUACCGGGUGUUGCACGGGGAGCCGGUGCGGAUAAAGUGUGCUCUGUUUUAUGGUUAUAUCAGAGCCAACUACACCCAGGCACAGAGCAUUGGAUUAAGUCUCAUGUGGUACCGGAGUUCUGGGUUGGGUCAUGGUGACUUCGAAGAACCCAUCUCAUUUGAUGGGGUACGCAUGAGCAAAGAGGAAGACGCCAUAUGGUUUCGACCAGCCGAGCUGCAGGACGCUGGUCUUUACUCGUGCGUUUUGAGGAAUUCCACAUUUUGUAUGAAGGUGUCGAUGACUCUGUUGGUUGCUGAUAAUGACACAGCAGGAUGUUAUAACUCAAAACUGCGCUACAGCGAGAAAGCAGAACUGGGCAAAAGUAAAGACAUCUCCUGCCCUGAUAUCCAGGAUUAUAUUCAGCCUGGAGAGAAACCACAGAUAACGUGGUACAAGGAGUGCAAUGUGCAGCAUUGGAGGACCAGUGUGUUACAGACCUCAGACAUGCUGUCCAUACAGGAAGUGAUGGAUGAUGACAUCGGCAAUUACACCUGUGAGCUGGUUUUUGGAGGGUUUCAGGUGCGACGGACAACGUAUCUGAGCGUCACAGCUCCUCUGACUGAAGAGCCCCCCAGGAUUCUGUUCCCGUCUGAAAACAAGCUCCUCACCAUGGAUGUGCAGCUCGGAAGCAUGCUCAACCUGACGUGUCGAGCUUUCUUUGGAUACAGCGGCGACAUCAGUCCGCUCGUCUACUGGAUGAAAGGAGAAAAGUUCAUAGAAGACAUGGACCAGAGUCGUAUUCGGGAGAGUGAAAUAAAGACCAUCAGGGAGCAUCUGGGUGAACAGGAAGUGUCCAUUACACUGACCAUAGAUUCACUGGAGGAAGGUGAUUUGGGUAAUUAUUCCUGUUAUGCAGAAAAUGGCAAUGGGAGACGACAAGCCAGUGUACAGCUUGGCAAACGAGAGCUGAUGUACACCGUGGAGUUGGCUGGUGGAUUAGGUGCGAUUCUUCUGCUCUUGGCUUUGCUGUUGUCUAUAUAUAAGUGCUACAGGAUUGAACUGCUGCUCUGCUACAGGCAUCACUUUGGUGGUGAAGAUACUGAUGGAGAUAAUAAAGAAUACGAUGCCUACCUGUCCUACAGCAAGGUGGAGCUGGAUCAAUGGGGUCAGGAAUUGCAGGAAGAGGAGCGCUUUGCUCUCGAGAUCCUCCCGGAUGUCCUGGAGAAACAUUACGGCUACAAACUCUUCAUCCCUGACCGCGAUCUAAUCCCUACGAGCAGUAUGUGCAGAACGUGUGUUAUGUGUAUGAGCAGUGAUCAUUACCAGGAUGACACACAUCUUCUUAGAGCGUACAUAGAGGAUGUAUCUCGCUGCGUAGACAUGAGUAAGCGUCUGAUCAUCGUGCUGACCCCGAGCUACGUGCUGCGCCGCGGCUGGAGUAUAUUUGAGCUGGAGUCCCGUCUGCGCAACUCUCUGGUUUCGGGGGACGUUAAAGUGAUCUUAAUUGAGUGCGCCGAUCUGCGAGGAGUCAUUAACUACCAGGAGGUGGAGGAGUUAAAGCACUCCAUUAAAUGCCUGAGCGUGGUGCACUGGAACGGCCCGCAGAGCAACAAGCCCGGCUCGCGCUUCUGGAAGCAACUCCGCUACACCAUGCCCUACCGCCGCCCCCAGCAAACCCUGACCAAUCACGCGCUGGACGCCGGCGAACCCGGCCCCUUCGUCGACCUGCAAACCGUGUCGGCCAUCUCCAUGGCGACGGCGACGUCUGCAGCCAUGGCGCCAGCUCACCCCGAGCUGCGCCCGUCCCUGCGGAGCUCCUACCGGUCGCAUUCGCUGGCGCGGCAGAAACAGUCGCAUUACCGCAGCUACGACUACGAGUUGCCCUUCGCGCCCGGUGGCACGCUGCCACCCCAGCACACCUACUGCAACCUGCCCCUCACGCUCCUCAACGGGCAGCGACCCGUCAACAGCAAGACCCUGCGCCAACACAGCCUGGACGAGCACCACGGCAACAACGCUAUGCUCCCGCUGCUGCCUAGAGAGACGAGCAUCUCCAGCGUUAUCUGGUAGUACCGAGACAACAAGCGCAUCCAGUUUAAGCUGCUAUAGCCAGGGUAUAUGCCAGGCCUGGCUUACAGAAGACUAAAUACACUGAUGUCACUGGAAUACAACACAGGACGCACCGAGGUUAGUGGGUUCCUGUGAGCAAAACGAUGAUUCUGUCUACGGUAAGUGGGUUUGAGGAUGUCUUACCCACUUAAUCUUUUUUCUGGGCAUUGCUCCAGCAGCGAGGGAUUACAUAGUGCCAUACCAGUUUUAUCUAGCUGGGACAGUAGGCAUGAACCGAGCAUACAAAGUCACACCACACCGAGGUAUACAGGGUCUCGUGUAGAUGUUAGUGUUAUCUUUGUAGCACCACCGUCUUCCCGUCUUCUUGUUUUUCGUUUGACCAUGGCGUCUUUAUUUUUCGACACGUUAGCAUUAAAUGCUUUUUCGUCCUUGUUUAUUUUCUUUGUUUUUUUAAGUUUUACACGGACGUUUGAUCGAGAUUGUUUUUUUCUACCUAUUUUUAAAACUGGACUGAAAUAGCCUAUGUUUUAACUACUGUCAUUUCGCUCAAAAGCUACUACGUUUUGUUCAGUCUCUUCUACUUCUGUUGUCCGAUGUAAGGUAUGUAUUUAUGGUUUUGAUUGCAAAUUUUUUUUAUAAAAAAGGAAAUAUAUCACAAAUUAUGCAAAAUAUACAAAAGCCUAAAGGGGAUGACCUAAAGGGGUGAAAGGAGCCGGGCGGAGAGCGGUGCUGUCUUCUCUCAGCGGAUGUGCAGGAGAACCGGCACCAUUUCUCAAAUACUAAAGGGGAUUUUAAAUGACAAGAAAUCUAUUUUUAUAUCUAAAGAGUGAUGUUUCUCUCUAAUACCACAGGGUCAUUGGGACUAUGGGACUGAGGACUCUUAUUUGUGAAUUUGGGUAUUUUAUAAAGUUUACUAGAUUGUUCUCAUCUGUGGAAUAAGAAAAGGAAAUGUUUUCUCUGAACUUACGAAACAAUAACCGAUUGCAUUUUUACGUUUCUUUCUUUCUUUCUUUCAUUUCUUGAUAAUUUAGGACUUUGGAUUUCGCAGCCAGACCUUUUUCACAUUUCUGAUCUGUUUAACUCUCAGUCUGAUGUCAUAACUCACUGGUUACAUGCUUGUCUUUUUCUCCUCUAGCUGCUGUGUAACUCAGAUACAUGCUGGCAUGUUUCACAGGGAAACACAGGCCUGUAAACUUGCAUUCUAAUAUAGAGUGUGAAACGAAAUAACACGGCUCAAACACAUAAUACAUACAAUACGGUUUAAUAAAUGCCCAAAGUCAGCAUUAUAUAUUUGUUGUAUCUUGUCUUAUGGCAGCAUGUACUGACUUUAAAGGGGGGAAAACAAAGUUAAAAUCCGAACGUCGAAAUCAAUCAGUAAGAGGUCUAACUGUAAAAAAUCUGAAACUAUUCCUGUAAUUUCCUUUUUUGUCUAUUUUUACAAAUUCAGUUGCAAAAAAAAAGUUGUUUAUAAAAUGAAUUAGAAUUAUGUAUGAAUGUUUACCUCUUGAGUAUGCCUAGAGACUAGUUGUGUAUCCUGAUUUGAAUAUUUACUGUAAUAUGAAAAACAGCUAUCACAGAGAGAUGUGUAAUCUCUCUAGAUGCACAAUCAUUUUUUUUCUUUUUAUAUUGUUUCCCACUGUGUACAGUAAAGUCACAAACCACUAUAA